AUGAGGGCCCGAGGCCUUGAGAGGCUGCGUGACUUUCUCAAGGUCACGGAGACACUGGCUGUGGGUACUUCUGCUCUGUUUCUGGGCAACUCCCUGCCUGCCCAGCCCAUUUCCCCAGUGAAUGCCCCUAGCCCUGGCAUCCUCGGAACAGGGCUGGAUACAGGCCCACCAAGCAGGAAGUGGGGAGGCAGCUUCCUUCCGCGGUCUCCCUGUGCCCUGAAGACUGACAGCCUUGACCCAGCUUUGCCUUUCAGGGAGGUGGGAUGGCCCUUUGGAAUUCAAAUCCUAAAUCCUGGACAUCUUAGCUUGAAGAAAUGGAAGUUCCUGAGCAUCUCUGUACCUCAGUUUCCUCCUCUGCAAAAUGGAGAUAAUAACAGCAGCACUUCAGGAGUGAGGGCGGUGGAUCACGGCGUCUUACUGGUCCUGCUGCCAGAUGCCGCAGUCAAGAAGGCACUGUCCUCCAGUUCAGUUGAGCAGACAUUUAUUAAGCACCUAUCAAGUGCAAGGCACUGUGCUAGGCGCCGUGGAAAUACAGAGAACACAGGCGGUCCCUGCCCGCGAGGAGCUCACAGUCUAGAAAGGACAGCAAGACAGUACACAAUCAGCGGCAACAGCACCAGCCAGAGUGGCAAGUGCCUAAAGCAAGACACAAAGCGCUGUGCAGUCACAGAACAUCAUGGGGAUGCUUCUGGCAGAAGCACUGGAAAGGGGACCAGGAGGACUCAGGCUGGGCCUUCCAGGAGGGAAGCCAUUUGGGAGAAGGGCAUCUCUAGUGGAGAGAGGUCCAUCUGCAGAGCCCACAGGCCAUGGGAAACGUGUGGCCACAGGGAGAGUUUGGGGACAGUCAAGUAUGGCCGGGAGGUAGACAGCCACGGACACUAA